CGAGGUGUCACGUUGGCCGCAGGCUGUGCGGCUCUGGGUCACUGUGCCCAACGGGGCAAGCUCUGUGGGAAAUGCUGCGCUGGCGGCUCCGUGUCUCUGGACAGAAGGAGGGAGGUGGAGAGACACUGGCAAAAUUGAGAUGCAUCCAGGGCACAACUGACAUGACUCCUGUAUGAACCAGGCGUGGGUGUUCGGGGACACAGACGCGAGUUUGCCUUCAGAACUCCUGCUGCAGAUCUUGUCCUACUUGGAUGCGGUGUCCCUGCUGUGCGCCGGAUGUGUGAACAGGCGCUUUUACCACCUGGCCAAUGACAAUUUUAUUUGGAUCAGAAUCUUCUCAACUGCCUUUUCACCUAAAAGAUCUAAUUGGAAAGUUAAUUCAGUAGAGAAGACAGCCAUGUCUAUGAAGUUACUGUCAGUUGGGGAUAAAGAAGCUGGAUAUUGGAAGAAAGAAUAUAUUACAAAACAAAUAGCGUCUGUAAAAGCAGCUCUAGCUCGGAUUCUCAAACCUCUCCACCCUUACACAGGCCUCCCGAUUAAGACCAAAGAGGCCCUAAGAAUGUCUGGUUUAGGCUGGGUAAUUAUAUUAAAAGGAAACAGUGGAGAAGAGUACAUCAUGGAGCACGUCGAUCUUUCCAUCAACGACUCAUCAGUCACGGCCGUGUGGUAUGGUAGAGACUGGCCACGUCUUGCCACACUGUCAACCUUAGAUUUGUGUGGGGUGACGCCAGUGUUUAUGGACCGGUCUAAAACCCCCACCAAAAACGGACCCCGCUGGCAGUCCUUGAUCGCCAGGUUCAACCUGAGUCACUUAGCCCGGAGCCCCGAGCUCGGCUGUGACGGGCGCAUUCGGACCUUCUGCCUGCCGCCAGGCCUCGUGGUGGGGCUCUGGAAGAUGCCAGGACUCUGGUUGACCUGCUCGUCCCGUCGGCCGCUGGAGAAGGGCAGCUUCAGGCCUGGUCAUCUCCCCCCCCGGCAGGGCCGCUGUGCCCGGGGUCGGUUCCUGUGCAGCCCCGCGUCCUGCUGCCCGACCUGCCGAUGCGUGGGCUUGGAGACGAAUUCUUCUCACCGGGUUUGCCAAAGGGAGGAAGAACUGGCUUUUGUUAUGGCAAAUCUUCAUUUCCAUCACCUUGUGGAGAGGAGCACAUUCGGCUCGGCUGCUGUCCCCUACGAGCUGCCUCCUCAUACCCCCGUUUUAGAUGACAGCCCAGAGCGUGGACUGCGUGGCUACCAACUCCAUGUCGAUAUGCACAGUGGGGGAGUUUUCUGCCUGUGUGGUACAUUUCGCAACCUCUUCACCAGCAAAGAAUACAUUGAAAAUGAAUAUAUGAAGCUCAGUGUGAUAAGUUUUAAAAAUAACACAGAACACCUACCUCUUAUUGGAAAAGUUGGCCUUUCUUGGAAAACUAAUGUUUUUGAUGGCUGUAUAAAGAACUGCUCUAUAAUGGACUUAACGCUUCUGGAAGAAUAUGGGAAGCCUUUCUGGUGCUUCAGCUCCCCGGUCCGCAUGCGGGCCUCCCCCGUGCCCCGCCACGGCCCGCCCUUCCCGGGGGAGACGUACCGCGUGGAGCACGCGGACGCGGAGGGGCGCGUGCACGUGCAGCUGGUGCGCAUCCCGCACAGCAGCGAGUACUUCAUCGUCAGCCUGGCGCUCUACCUGCCGGUGGCCAAGGUGAACCGCUGGUUCGGGACGGACUACUGAGCGCGAGUGGGAGGUGGCAAAUUGCUGUUGCUGUUCGUUUCUUUUGGACUAACCGGUUUUGUUCUUGCUGUUUGUUGGAAGUUAAAAUAAAGCGGUAGACUGUUCGAUGUCUUCUUAUUGCACAUUAGGAAUCAUGAUCCCCAAGUCAUUUUAAAAUUAAUGUUUAGAAGAUUAAGUUAAAUUUUAAAAACAGGAAACUAGCACAUCACCGUGGAAAUUCAUGUAAAACAAAAAGAAAAAAAGAUAUUCUCUUCUGCAGUUACACUUUAAAAAAGCAAGAAAAGAGAUCAGACUGAAAACUGAUCAGUUUUCUCUUGAGGGUGUGCGUGUAUAGAAUAAAGAUCAUGUGAUCACUGUGUGUGUGUGUGUGUGUGUG